GUGGUUAAGGUCAAGCGAGUUUAUUUGAAAUCAAUGUUCAUUUUUAUGAUAAUUAUAAUCUGGAAUCUGCAUUUUAUUAAAAAUUGACUGCAUUUGAUCAUUUAGUUAUUAGAUUAUUGAAAAUUAAGGAAAACGUUUAAGAGUUUCCUUCACACUUUCUUUGAUUAUGAAAAUUGAGCCUGAAAUCAUGAAUCGUCAGUCAAAAUUGCACGACAGCGAGUCAAACCUGACGCGCAUAUGUGUGAUUGGAGCGGGACCUUCUGGGUUGAUGACGUUGAGGGCUCUUCAGAGUUUGUCGCAUCCAGGGGCCAAGGGAGAGGGAAGAGGCGGAGCAGGCGGGGAUUCACAGAUUGAAGGGGAAAUGGAAAGGGGCGGGAAGUUCCAAGUAGUUUGCUACGAAAGACAUGAAUAAGUGGGAGGCAUGUGGAACUUCAGGGACGUGGAGGGCAUUGACGAAGACGGCAUGCUUGUUCACUCCUCCAUGUACAGAAACCUUGUCACAAACAAUCCCAAGUUUUUCCUGGAGUGUCCCGACUUCCUGUUCGACAUUGAAAAAACACUCUAUGAUCAUUUGAAUCAGUCAGCACCACGUGACUAUACGCAAUCGGGUGACCUUGAUGGUCAGAAAUCACGUGGCCUGCAGACGGAGCAACUUGACCAAAGUUGUGGUUUCGAUUGUUUCCCUUCUUCAAAUUUCGUUUUGAAAUAUCUAAAUGACAUAACAAAUCAUUUCAGUCUUAAAGACUGUAUCAGAUUCAAAUCUUGGGUCGACUGGGUCGCAUACGACGAGCAAGCCGAGAAAUUCCAGGUGACCGUGCGUGAUCUCAAUGACGACAACAAGCGGAAGUUUCUAGAACAAUUCGAUUACGUCAUAAUUGCAAGUGGUCACUACACUCAGCCGAACUAUGUUUCGUAUCCAGGAGAAGAAACUUUCCCGGGAACUGUGAUUCACGCCAAGUUUUUCAUGGACGCUGAUCGUUACAAAGGAAAGCGUCUGUUGAUUGUGGGUUCUUCGUUUUCGGCCGAAGAUCUAGCUAUGCAGUCUAUACGUGCGGGCGCCGCCCGAGUGACUAUAAGCUACAGGACUUGCCCAAUGAACCUCAAGUUCCCCCCAAAUGUUGACGAGAAGCCGUUGCUCACUCAAAUUCGGGGUUCCACAGUUAGUUUCCGAGACGGAUCCAGCUGCGACUAUGACGUCAUCAUUUACUGCACUGGCUAUCUGUACGAGUUUCCUUAUAUGGAGAAGAGCAUCCGCAUUAGUAUUUCUGCCAAGAAGGACAUGCCGCUCUACAGACAGGUGGUGUUGCCUACUAACCCCAGAGUCAUGUAUAUUGGCGUCCAGAAUUUGGCAUAUACUUUCCCUCUCUUCUGGUUACAAGGCCACUUCUGCGCACAAAUCAUAAGAGGUGACGUGCAACUGCCUCCUUUGGCUGAGAUGGUGGAAGAUACGGAGCGAGAAGAACAGGCCAGGUCAACACACAACAGCAUCCUAGAAAAGAUUGAGUUCCAAAGUGAGUACCUGAACAGGAUGUCGUCUCUCCUGGGUAAACCGACCGUAGAGGGGCUGGAUAUUGCGAGACAGUGGCUUAAAGACAGAGACGAUGACGUCAAAACUUACAAACAGAAGACACAUUUCCACUCCAAGUACAGAUGACUUUAUGACUUACUCUACGCCCUAGCUGACG